UUCUCGGCUUCAAACAAAUUUUGGAUCCAGGAGCAUUGUAGCAGUGCCAUGUCCAACAAAGAUAUCCUGCCCAUAUACCCUUCGCGGGCCAACUCUGUGAUUAUGAAGCUGCGCGUCCAGUCCGGGCAGCGAGGCAUCAGUCUGCUAAAGCGGAAGCGGGACGCCAUCGACCUGAAGCUACGUGAGCUGCGACGCAGCAUGCACGAGAAGGAGAAUCUUGUGGACGAGCGAAUGCGGGCGGCCAUCUUUUCGCUGGCCAAGGCCAAUCUGCUGGGCACGGACUUCAAGCCGGUGAUCGUGGCGGAAAACAAGAGCGCCACGGCAAUUUUGCGCAAGGCACAGCAGAAGAUCGUGGGCGUGCCGCUAAACUACUUUGAGCUGGAGGCCGAGGAGCGUGGUGCCUUCCCGCUGGCUGGCCUCAGCUGCGGCGGGGUCCAGGUGCAGAAGGUGAGGACGCAGUACCUCAGUGCACUCAAGGAUCUGGUGGCAUAUUGUUCCCUGGAGUACAUGGUGCGGAUGCUCGCGGCAGCCUCGCGACAAACCAACAUGCGGGUUAACGCUCUGGAGCACGUGGUGAUCCCACAGCUCAUCCGUACCUACAACUACAUUUGCGCCGAAUUAGAGGAGUUCGAGCGGGAGGACUUUUAUCGCCUGAAGCGCUCCCAGGCCAAGCAAAUGGAGGCCAAAAUCGCCUUCACAGAGCUGAUCAGGACCAAGAACAUGACGGCCAGUGAACUCGAAGACUAUCUGAAGAAAGGCGUCUAUGUCCACCCCGUGGCCGACACGCACUUUGACCUGGAUGACUUUGACCAGGAAGCGGUCCGAGACAGGCAGCGCCAGGCGCGUUUGGAGCGUCACCAGAAGCGGGAGAGGGAGCGCCAAGAAGCCCAAAGCCGAGGAGAAACGCUGGUGCCCUUUCUAAGCUCCUUCAUAUCCACAUACAGCAUUGCAAAUUUCAUGCAGAGGAUGACGCAACAGGUUUUGCUUACCAGCACAUCGCGCCAGGACAAAACCGAGCGAACCAUUCCAAGUGCACGUGAUUCGUACAAGCCAGAUGAAUAAAUUCUCCGUUUUAUCCAA